UCCGUCCUAUCGAAACGUUUCUACCUGACUCAUUUGGCUUCUACUGCAUGUCCACGAACUCAUGGCAUUUGCUUUAGCGGCUGCAGCUCUGCUAUCUUCAGGAUUGGCGUUCUGCCCUACCUUGGAGGACACUGCCCUCGAUCAGGCCUGUGAUGCUGAAGACUCUUCAUUGGUGCAGCUGCAAAAACAGAGGCACCGUUUAACUCACGCUUUGGCGGUGAAGGGAGACAGGAGUUCGCCUUUGAAGCUUGCAGACUUCCAACAGACAGGAGAAUGCUACGACAGAAAGGCCAACAAUAACUGGGCAGUAGUUGAUGCACAUUUACAUCCGAGACCAUUUGGUGGAAAACCUGUGGCAUUUUCUGACUUGAUGGGUCGCUUGCGUCGGGCGGGAAUUUUGUUUACCACGUUGUAUGGCAUAGGCCAACGUUUGCCAGUUGACUCUAGCUGCUCAUAUUAUUUGGACUGCCCAGGGACAGACGUCAUGCCAAGCCUCAAAAAUGAUUUUUUCAACGCUCAAAGCGUGCUAGACAGUGCAGCUGAUUUAGCUGAUCCAAGUGGGCCACGGAUUACCUUGUCAAUGUCUUUCAUCGACUUGCAUGAUCCGGCUGGAAACUUGGAGAAGAUGCAGCUCCUGCAAAAUGAAUUCCCUGGGAUGUUCAAGUGGGUUGGCGAAAUCAAUUUGGUGAAACAAGCUCUCUGGCCGAAUCAUCAGGGACUACCUGUUGAACUUGACACCGUUCCAACUUGGAAGCCAUUUAUGGAUGAGUUUCUGAAGCAAGACAUUCCUCUUGCUUUGCACUGUGAUCUUGGCAAUGAUGAAAAUGGCACGCAAUUUCUUCCCUUGAUGGACAAGGUCCUGGACACAUAUCCGAACAACAAGAUCAUUUGGGUACACAUGGCUGGAAUCUCCAAGCAAUUGAAGCCACACCUUGCUGCAAAAGGGGUGUCCCUUUUGCAAAAACUCAAGGUGCCGGUGACGAUUGAGGAUCAUGUCGCAAUGAUCGGCAAGCGUUUGGAGAAGCACCCGAAGCUGAUGAUCGACCUAUCCUGGGACAUUCUCUAUGAUGAACUUUACGCAUCACCAGCGGAAAGAGAGCUUUAUGUAAAUUUGAUCAACAAAUAUCCAGACCGCUUUCUCAGUGGAUCGGACCAUGUGGCGUCGGAGGAGAAGACUGAGAACACAUACAGACAAGAAAUCAAAAAGACAAGUGCAAUAUUCCUGAAUCUGAGUGACGUUGCCUUCCGGAACAUCGCGCUUGGACAGAACUACUUCAACUUGACAGGCCUCAACUUCACUGCGCCGAAGGUUUGCAGUGCUGCACCGGAGGUCCUGCUAGAACAGGAGAACCUCCGAGCACCGCAUCCGGAUAAAGGGGCAGAGGUGAAACUACCCACGAGCUUCCCGAGCUCCAGGCAAAAGAAGCAGGUCAUGGUGGCCACAGACGAUUUUGCUCAGAGAGUUGAAGUCUUGCCGGCAAUAGCAGACUUCCGAAAGGGCUCCAGGUCAUGCUUUGAUCGCACAGUCACCGACAAUUGGGCUGUGGUUGAUGCCCACCUACAUGCCCGGCCAUUUGGAGGACCGCCAGUUCCAUUUAGCGAGAUGAUGGACAGGCAGAGGCGUGCUGGCGUCCUUUUCACCACUUUGUAUGGAAUUGGGCAGCGCCUACCAGUGGAUUCCAAUUGCACUUACUAUUUGGAUUGCCCUGGCACGCCCGUCAAACCCAGCUUGAAGAAUGACUUCUUCAACGCCCAAAGCGUGUUGGACAACCAACAGCCAGGCAUCACUCCUCUCAUUACUCUGUCCAUGUCCUUCUUUGAUUUGGAUCAUCCGGAAACGAUACUGCCCAACAUGAAAUUGCUGCAGACUGAGUUUCCCGGAAUGUUUCGCUGGGCGGGUGAGAUAAAUUUGGUGAAGCAGGCUUUGUGGAAGAAUUUGGCGGGGCAGCCAGUUCCAAUCGAAUCAAUCCCUAAGUGGAAACAAUUCAUGGCUGAGCUCAGAAGGCAAGACAUCCCAAUGGCAAUUCAUUCUGACUUGGGAGAUGAGGUGGAUGGUACCAAGUUUUUGCCUUUGAUGGACAAAGUUCUCAGCACGUACCCCAAGAACAAGAUCAUUUGGGUGCACAUGGCCGGGAUUUCGAAGCAAUUGGAUCCCAAACUCUCUCUUCUUCAGCGACCUGUUUUCAUCCAGCAGCACGUGAAGCUUAUACAUGACAGAUUGAACCAGUACCCCAAUCUUUAUAUAGAUCUGUCGUGGGAUGUGCUCUACGAUUCCAUCUAUCACGACAGUGAGGAGGAGAAACCAUACAUCGAAUUGAUCAACAAGCACCCUACCCGGUUUCUGAGCGGAUCUGAUCAUGUUGCAGCAGCUGCCAAAACAGAAUCCUCCUACAGAAACGAGCUUGCGAAGGUGAAUGCAAUCUACAAAGAGCUCUCGGACGAGGCAUUUAUAAACAUUGCACUUGGAGGGAACUAUUUCAAACUCGCUCACCUGGAUGAGUAUGUGCCUCCACCAAUCUGCCGGGUUCAAUUUCGAGGCAGCAAGCAUUUUCUGUUCUUCGUGACGACUAGCUUGGCAGUUGCUGGCAUCAUCCUGGUCUUUCUCCUUCGAAUCUGUUUGUAGAGCAGACCCUCGCAACAAGCGAGAGGACUGCUUAAAGCCCUGGAGGACAGAAGUGC